CAAUCUCAGAUGGCAACUGUCGAGCAGUAGUCACUAUUUUAAUUAACGUUUUACACUAUUCAUUUUAUAUUUUUAUAGUCUGCAAUUCGGUUAAAAUUCGCUGCGUUUUUAAUUAAUGGACAGUUUAUUUAAAGUAUCCAUGAUUUACAUUUCUUGAUUACCGUGGCGUAGCGCUUACGUGUUGCGUUGGGCAUUCAGUGUGCAUUGGAAUGCAAUUGCUUGUGUGCCAGCAGCGAAACUUGUUAGCUGGCAACGCUGCUUGCACUCACUAAAACCUGCAUGACAUUUGUUGUGUGUGUCUCAAGGAAAAAGUGAAGAAAAUCAAAUAUAAAAAUUGCUGGACCCACACUUAGACACGCGCAAUGUCUUGUGCCGCAACCUUAUCGGCGGCCAAAGAUUCAACAAAUGCUGCUGCAAGUGGUUCUUCAUCUUCGACCACAUCUGUGGGCGUGGUAGUCAGCGGAGGCAGUACUGUAACUGCAGGUGUGGGUAAUGGUAGUAGUGGCAGUGGCAGCGGUGGCAGUGGAGCUGGCUCAGCUGCGGCAGUCGCUCGACGUUUCUCCAUGGAGGGAGUUGGUGCGCGUGUAAUUCGUGGCCCGGACUGGAAAUGGAACAAACAGGAUGGCGGCGAGGGGCACGUGGGCACUGUGCGCAACUUUGAGUCGGCCGAGGAGGUGGUCGUUGUCUGGGACAAUGGCACGGCCGCCAAUUAUCGCUGUGCCGGCGCCUACGAUCUGCGCAUAUUGGACAGCGCUCCGACGGGCGUCAAGCAUGAGGGCACCAUGUGCGAUACCUGCAGACAGCAGCCAAUCUUUGGCAUACGCUGGAAGUGUGCCGAGUGCAUCAACUACGACGUCUGUUCCAUUUGCUAUCAUGGCGACAAGCAUCAUUUGCGUCAUCGCUUCUAUCGGAUCAGUACGCCGGGCGGAGACCGUACCAUGGUGGAGCCACGCCGCAAGGCCAAGAAGGUGCUGGUACGCGGCAUCUUUCCAGGUGCUCGUGUGGUGCGGGGCGUCGACUGGCAGUGGGAGGAUCAGGAUGGCGGUGUUGGACGGCGUGGGAAGGUGAAUGAGAUUCAGGACUGGUCAUCCGCAUCGCCCCGCUCAGCGGCCUAUGUGAUCUGGGAUAAUGGCUCAAAGAACCUGUAUCGCGUGGGCUUCGAGGGCAUGGCGGAUCUUAAAGUGGUCAACGAUGCCAAGGGCAGCAAUGUUUAUCGUGAUCAUUUGCCGCUGCUGGGCGAGAAUGGCCCUGGCAAGGGGCCACAUGGCUUUCAAAUCGGAGACAAGGUCACUGUGGAUCUGGAUCUGGAGAUUGUGCAAUCGCUGCAGCAUGGGCAUGGCGGCUGGACAGAUGGCAUGUUCGAGUGCCUGAGCAAUGCGGGCAUGGUCGUUGGCAUCGAUGAGGAUCACGACAUUGUUGUUGCCUACAAUUCCGGAAAUCGCUGGACUUUCAACCCGGCUGUGCUGACUAAGGUGUCGUCGCCAACCACUGCACCGCCGGAGUUCCAAGUUGGCGACAUUGUCAAGAUUUGUUCGGAUGUGGAGAGCAUCAAAAUACUGCAGCGUGGCCAUGGCGAAUGGGCCGAUGCCAUGCAAUUGACCCUGGGCAAAAUUGGACGUGUUCAGCAGGUGUAUCACGAUAAUGAUCUGAAGGUAGAGGUGGGCAACACCUCUUGGACCUACAAUCCACUGGCAGUCUCGAAGGUGGUCUCCACCAGCGGCGCCGGCACUGGCGUUGCAACAACGGCCGAUGGCAACUGUGCUCCAAUCAUACCCAGCGGCGAACGGCUCUCUGCGAUUCUCAAGAAACUCUUCGAGCCCAAUGUUUCCGGUGAUGCUACCGAGGAAUUUGUCAAGGCAGCAGCCAAUGGAUUUGCAGCGCGUUGUGAGGAGUAUUUGGCUGGUGCAGCACAGCCUUCGACUUCUAGCGCAGCGGCAGCCGCAGCUGCAGGCAGUCCGAGCGGCGGCCCUGUGCCGGAGGUUAAUGUGAAUGGUGUCUUUGCGGGUCACACGGCGUUGCAGGCAGCGAGCCAGAAUGGUCACAUUGAGGUGAUUCAAGUUCUGCUGAGGCAUUCUGUUGAUGUGGAGAUUGAGGACAAGGACGGCGAUCGUGCAGUGCAUCAUGCGGCCUUUGGCGAUGAAGCAGCCGUAAUUGAAAUUCUGGCUAAAGCUGGAGCGGAUCUAAAUGCACGUAAUAAACGGCGCCAGACGUCACUGCAUAUUGCCGUCAACAAGGGGCAUCUGAAUGUGGUGAAGACGCUGCUCACGCUGGGCUGUCAUCCCAGCUUGCAGGACUCCGAAGGCGAUACGCCACUCCAUGACGCCAUAUCAAAGGAGCAUGAUGAGAUGCUGUCGCUUCUGCUGGACUAUGGAGCUGACAUCACGCUGAACAACAACAAUGGAUUCAAUGCGCUGCAUCAUGCCGCUCUUAAAGGCAAUCCCAGCGCCAUGAAAAUAUUAUUGACGAAAACGAAUCGUCCCUGGAUCGUCGAGGAGAAAAAGGACGACGGCUACACUGCAUUACAUUUGGCUGCACUCAACAAUCAUGUGGAAAUAGCCGAACUAUUGGUUCACAUGGGCAAGGCGAAUAUGGACAGACAGAAUGUAAACCAGCAGACGGCGCUGCACUUGGCCGUUGAGCGGCAGCAUGUGCAGAUCGUUAAGCUGCUGGUGCAGGAUGGCGCCGAUUUGAAUAUAGCAGAUAAGGAUGGCGAUACGCCGCUGCAUGAGGCACUGCGCCAUCAUACACUGUCGCAGCUAAAGCAGCUGCAGGAUGUUGAGGGCUUUGGCAAGCUGCUGAUGGGUCUACGCAAUGCAAACAACAAAAAGGCAUCCGCAUCGAUUGCCUGCUUUCUGGCGGCCAACGGUGCUGACUUAACGCUCAAGAAUCGAAAAAUGCAAACACCGCUGGACCUGUGUCCAGAUCCGAAUCUCUGCAAGACGUUACUCAAGUGCUACAACGAGCGUAAAACCGAUGAUGCCGAGCUGCCGGGUAAUGUGGCUGGCACAAGUCUCAAUGCACGCGCGCGUGCCCAAAGCGCUGCGGUAGCUGGAAGUGCAGCUGGUAUGCACCAGUCGGCCACGGCAAAUAUUCCACUCAACACUGUUGCCUCGGGCAGUGCCUUCGGGCUGAACGGGCUCAGUCAUGACAUGGCGCAAUCGUUGCACGUGGAAAGCAGCAGCAGCAGCAAAAACACGACCGCAGGCGGUGGCUGUGUUGGCAGCAUCAGCAACACCAACAACAAGGUCACCAGCGUGGAGGAGUGCCUGGUCUGUUCGGAUGCCAAGCGGGACACAGUGUUCAAGCCCUGCGGCCAUGUGAGUUGCUGCGAAACUUGUGCUCCGCGUGUGAAGAAGUGCCUCAUCUGCCGCGAGACAGUGGCCUCACGUGAGAAAAUCGACGAGUGCGUCGUCUGCUCGGACAGGCGCGCUGCUGUCUUCUUUCGUCCCUGCGGCCACAUGGUGGCCUGUGAGCACUGCAGUGCGUUGAUGAAGAAGUGCGUCCUCUGCCGCACCCAAAUCGAUGAAAUGCUCUCAUACACGCUCUGCUGCGGCGGUGCGGGGCCAGUCGAGAAGGUCUAUGUGGCCGGCACCGUCUGCUUGACCGCGCCCGAGGAAAAGCUUCUGGAGCCGGCGUGUGUGAACACCUCGGGCCAUAGCGUGGCCAUGAACAACACGGUGGUCACUCCAGUGGCUGGCAGUAGCAAUCAGCUGAAUAGCCAGAACAACAUAUUAAAUGCUGCAGCAGCUGCGAAUCUCACGAAUCUACCAGCAGGCAUGGGUGCACCUGCUGCAGGCGCCGUCAACAAUUUCCAAAUGGACGAUGUGCAAAAGCUGAAGCAACAGCUACAAGACAUAAAGGAGCAGGUGAGUCAC